UGCUUGCAGGACGUUGUUGACCGGUGGGGAAAAUAUGAAAGACGAACCUCUCGCGCCCGAUUCCCGGUAAUGCACCAUUUUAAACGACGAUUUUCACCGAUUUUUCAUUGGAAAUUCGCGCAAACGUCUGGUUCACUAUUGUCAAAAUGGAACUGAAAUUCUAUCGUUCCAUCCGCACCCCUAACGCCAUCUGUUAAAGAUACAUUCAAAGAUUACAGGACUCUCCUAGUGUUCUGUGAUUUAAAUGGCCGAAUAGCUGUACAAGUUGAGGCCUCGAGAUGUACGAUUUGACAAGUGACGUCGACGGCCGUCAAAAACAGCUGUAAAAGGGAGGUGGUUUUGACGUUUUAAAUAUUUUAUAAACAAAAAAAUCAUGGUUUCGAUACAUGACAAAUGGAUGAGAAUAUUCGAUAUACCGGACACAAGAAAGCAUAAAAGUGGUUUUACAAUUUACAAAGUCGUUUCUUUGUUAUAUCCCGAGACAUGCCCCGAUGCCGUUACGAAAGUCACCGUUUGGAAGAGAUAUAACGAUUUCCGACGGCUCCACAAAGAAUUAAAAUUACUCUACAAAAAAAUCACGAACAACAAAGAUUUCCCCAAUCUACCAGCUAAAACGAUAAUUAAACGGUUCGAUAAAGAAAUUAUAGAAGAACGAAAGCAAAGCAUACUACUAUUAUUGGACUUCAUCGGCUGCCAUUAUCAAUUAUUCACUUCGAAAGAAUUUAUCAAAUUUCUCGAGACCAGCCACACUCCAUCGGAACACCUAACCAGCAACAUAACCUCAAUCAGAGCGGAACUCCAUCUCCCCGAAGACCCCGAAGUCUGCGCAGCCCUCUCCGACGAUGACAUUACAAUCAGCGACAGCGAUUCCAUAUGCACCUUAUCAACCCAAUUACCGGUCGAUGUACUCUCCGAUACGAAAACGCAAACAAUCCGCCCGGCGAGGCUCAGCAAAUUCAACUCAACAGCUUCGUUGAACUCUCACACAUCCUCCAACAAUUCGGAUUUAUCCAACAUAACCAACAUAUUCGACAGUAUUAGUUUGUUGGACGGGCAAAGCUACAGUAUACCUUUUAUCAGAAGCCUCGAUGACAAUGUCCAGUAUAUUCUGGAUGCUUCGGUGCAUGUGAAUUUAGCCGGUGAAUUAGAGGAGGGUAAGAAGUAUGAAGAAGCUUACGUGGCUUACAAUGCAGCUGUAGAUAUUCUAACGAAGCACGGUAACGAUGAUCCUGUGUAUGAAAGAAAGCAGUUAGUGAGGUAUAAGGUAAAUAAAUAUCGCCUUCGUGCUGAGAAGAUUUACAACAUGUACCUUUCGCCUGAGAUUAAAGAAAUUGAGUUGAUUACGAAACCUAGCGAAGAGGAUGUUAGUAAAAGACCAUUGUUCGAUUUGUACAAAUUUAACGUAGUGAAAAUUAUUAAUUCGGUUAUAUUAGUACUCCACACCGAGCUACAAAAACUCUUUUACAUGAAGAUUGUACACAAACCGGUAGAUUUCAAACUCCACGAUCUACUGUUGCCUAAUCGAGUGCCUUACAUGGUGAAACUGGAGAACCAUUACGACUGCGAAAACGCCCUAUUUUUACUACUGGAGUAUUCCAACGGCUCUAAAAUCUCCGAAUACCUCCUUCGAGACGAUAAAUCCACCAUCGAGGAAGACUUCCCGACGAACCGGUUACCACCGGACGACUCCGAUAACGAAUCCGAAGCGAGUUUCUCCGAAUUGAUCAACGACUACAACAAUUCCCGAUCGGGCGGCGCCUCCUGCGAUAAAUCCUUCGAGGAUUUCGAAACUGCUGAUGUAGCCGAUGAGGCUGCAUUCACGGAACACCAUUUCAGGCAGAAGUACACGAGGCGGAGGAGCGAGAACGCGCGCAAAUUGAGCGAGAUAUCUUCGAAUUUCGACGUCGAAGCGUUCGCUAACAAAAUGGUCGUGCGCGAGACGUUAGUAGUUAAAUGGGCGGCGCAAUUACUCGUGGCUUUGGAGAAAUUACACGAUAUCGGCGUCGUAUGCAGGGACCUUCAAAUGAAAAAUAUCAUGAUCGACGAUAACGAGGACGUGGUGUUAACGUACAUGUACGAUAAAAGAGAUUCGAGCGAUUUGUUUUCGUCGAAAUUAAAUCACAAUUUGGCUCCGGAAGUGUACGGGUUCCAGGAGAUCACCGAAUCGGCGGAUUGGUACAGUUACGGCGCCAUUUUGUACGAGUUAUUAGUGGGAAUACCGCUCUCCGAGGUGCAUACGAACGGUAUAAGUAUCUGUAAGAGCGUGAAAGUCCCCGGGCACGUUUCGCCGGAGGGACGGUCUCUUCUCAAGCAGUUGCUCGUUUACGAACCGCAAGAGCGCCUGGGAUGGGGCCCCAAUGGAACGGAGAAUCUCAAAUCGCACCCUUUCUUCAAAUCCAUUCAUUGGGAGUCCUUAGAUCCUAAAUAAUCCUAAAUUCCCGUUCCAUAUUGGAAUGAAAUCGUCGAUUUUAAUUACAUUUAUUUUUCAUGUUCACAAUUAUUUUUGUUCAGUUAACAGAUGACUUUGUUUCGGUAAAUAUAAAACGUAAUAUUAUUUACAAUUUGUACAAUUUUUUUACACCAAGCGAACUCUCGGUUACAAGCUGUUCUACGGAUUGAUCCCAAAUAAUAACGGGAUUUGGUCGAUAAUGGGAUGGAAACUGAUAAAUAGAUAUAUUUACGAAAUCAUCAAGGCACGUCUUAAUAAUAUAACAAAUUCGAUUUUUUGGGAAAAGAUGGGUUUUCCAACGACCAUAUUCGAAAUAAUUACAGUUUGAGGGAUUCUGUGACAUUUUCCAACAAUUAAAGUAACCUAUUAAAGAGUAGCGAAUUGAAUUGUUUAUAAUUUAAUAGUAAAUAAAUUUCCGUAAAUCUCACUCAUAUGCAUCAGUCGAAGGAAAAAUUGUAGAAAAGAUUGCAACAAGCGCAAGUUCGCUAUUUUCUAAACUUAAUCUAUUAUAAAUCACAUUUAUAAUUUCAAUAAUCCUUUCAUUAAAAAUUUGUAACAAAUGAUAUAUUUAUAUACAAACGAUCGAAGUACAAAUGUUUAUUAUUUUAUUUAUUUUUUUUGAUAAUCCAAUUCGACAUCCUCGUGACGGGAUGGAAACGAAUUCGAAAUAUUUCACUUACAUCUUAUUAUCGAAACGCGUUUUACAAAACUUUAGGAAAAAACGGAAUUCGUUUCGACCAUAAAAAUUUUUAUGUACAGAUAAUAAACAAACGGGAAUAUAAAGAUAUGUGAACACCUUUUUUUUAUAUAAUUAUAUACAAAGGGGAUGAUUCGAAAAAUUGUUGCGUUAAAUACACCUUUCUUAUUCAAGCUUUGCUAUAGGAGUCAAAAAAUCUAAAAAAUCGUCCAAAUUUUCUAGAAAAUUUUUAGACCAUUACCGGGAUCAGGGUUCGGAAAAACAGACACAUUACAUAUAUAUUUUUUUUUAAAUUUGAUUAUCUUAAUUAACAGUCAUUUAAUAUUUUAUAGUCGGUUUUUCGAAGAAUCGCAUUCGUUUUUCUAUUACUAUUGAUGCGUAGGCGUUAAACAUUUAUUUUACGAUUAAUUACAAUUAAUGUAAUUGUAGUUAAUUGUAAUUUUAUUACGAGCGACAAAUCAACGUUGUAUAAUUUACUAGGCGAAUUUAUUUUUUUGAAUUUAAUUAAACAAAUAAAUAUAUAGAAGGAAAUAAUAAGAAAUUGUGUUACCUUUAAGCUUACUCAAUCCUAUCCAAGUAUAUCCAAUCCGCUCGAUAAGUUGGCGUUUCUUAAUCACAAUUGCUUUUUCUAUCACCAUUCGGGGUAAGAUAAUUAAAACAACAAAAGUUACAUCGCCUAGACAAUCAAUUAAAACAGUCUCAGAAGAGCGCUAAAAAAAACCAGAAAUCACCAAGGAACAUUACCAAUCAUCAUCAUACAGAAAUUCAUUCUUAGAGAAACCCUGUGUUAUUGUGCUCGACGCAUCACAUCGGAGACAUUCGUCAAACGGUGCUCUCCCUCUUAUUAGCCACCAGCGGCGUCUCAACAGACGGCUCCUCCUCAACAACGACGCCGACGCCAGCCGGCGCCGGCGCCAUCGCUUGCAGCGCAAUCGGCGGCUCCCGCGCCCCCUGCACCUGCCUCGGCGCCGUCCUGUACGCCACCGGGUACACCCCGGGCGGCAGGUGCCCCAUCGGUCCAUAUAACCACUGCUGCGCCGGCUGUCUCGGCAACGUGCACGCCAUCAUCUACAAAAACCAAUCCCGAUAUCACAUCCCGCUACAAUCGACAAUCCAACAAUCCAUUCGCCAUCAACAGAACCCUACUCUCGAUGGCGAAUCGACUGCGAUUUCUGAUAGAAAAGGGUCGAGUUUACCAGUUUCUGUUGGGCAGGAGAGUCGCGGGUGUUGGGCAUGCCGUUGCGCAUCGUGCAGAAGCCCGAGUAGUUCGAGUUGCUAGGGACCUGGUGCAGCGACCGCCGGUUCGGCGACGUUUCGAUCGUCGAGAUCUGCCGCUUCCUGGAGUACUCGGAGGACGGAUCGUCGUCGUCGAGCGCCUGCGGUAUGAUGUCGGGGUUCUUCUCGUCGCUGUCGCACUCGCCGGCGCUCGAAUCGUGCUUCGAUAUCGGGCUACCGC